UUUCCUUCUCUAGUAUCUGUCACCGGCCCAUUAUUCAGAGAAAUGAUGAUAGACACCGAUUACUUGGCAACCCAAACAAGGCGGCCUGUCACAUGCAUCAUAACAGAAGGGGUCCCCAGUUUUGCUGGUGAUUUUGCUAUGGAGAGGGGAAUACCACUUAUUUAUUUUCGUACAUCCAGUGCUUGCACUUUUUGGGCUUAUUUUUGUAUUCCGGAACUCAUUGAAGCUGAUGAAAUUCCCUUGAAAGGAAAUGGCAUGGACCUACUCGUAAAGAGUGUACCAGGCAUGGAAGAUUUUCUCCGGAGACGUGACCUUCCGAGUUUAUGCCGUGUGGACGAAGUAAAUAAUGAGAAUUUGCAAUUCAUAAAAAUAGAGACCAGAAAAACCCCUCGAGCCCAUGCAUUGAUAAAGAACACUUUUGAUGAGCUAGAAGGACCCGUACUCUCUCAAAUACGUACUCACUGUCCAAAUCUCUUCUCCAUCGGACCACUUCACGCUCACCUAAAAGCCAGACUCGCAGCAGAGACCAAGUUUUCCUCAACCCAUUCGAGUAGUUUCUGGGAGGAAGAUCGAAGCUGUGUGACAUGGCUUGAUUCGCAGCCGUCCAAAUCUGUGAUCUACGUGAGCUUUGGAAGUAUCACGAUUGUGACAAGAGACCAACUCAUGGAGUUUUGGUAUGGUCUUGUGAAUUGUGGGUAUCGAUUCUUGUGGGUUAUGCGGCCGGACUCCAUUGUUGGAAAAGAUGUGGAGACUCGAAUUCCGGCCGAGCUGGUUGACGGCACGAGGGAUAGAGGGUACAUGGUGGAUUGGGCCCCACAAGAGGAGGUUCUGGCCCACCCAGCUGUUGGUAGCUUUUUGACUCACAGUGGGUGGAACUCCACUUUGGAGAGCAUAGUCUCUGGCGUGCCAAUGAUUUGUUGGCCUUAUUUUGCAGACCAGAUGAUUAAUAGUAGGUUCGUUAGUGAAGUUUGGAAGCUUGGUUUGGACAUGAAAGAUACGUGUGACCGAGUUAUUAUUGAGAAGAUGAUCAGAGAUUUGAUGGAUGUUAAAAAAGAUGAGUUUCAAGAACGAGCAAAUAUGAUGGCAAAGUUGGCAAAACGAGCUGUGAGUGAAGGUGGGUCAUCGUACUGUAAUUUGGAUCGUCUGAUUAAGUACAUAAAAUCAAUGAUUUGAGUGAUCAAAGUGAGGGUUGGACAUGAAAAAUGCGUGGUAAAGAUUGUUAGAAUAUUAUUUUAUCAAGGAUUUUUUUUUUUUUUGGCUCAUAAUGGGGAAAUAAGCUUCAUUAAUCCUUGGUGUCAUCCACUUCUAAGUGUUACAAAUUCACGAAUUAAUAAUACCAAUAUCGAAGGCAACUAUAGC